UUUUAUCAGCUGUGCAUACAAUUUUCGCAAAAAUGCACAAAAAAUCGUGUAAAUUGAUCUUUAGAUCAUAAGAGUUUAUUCAUUUAGUUUUAAAAGCAUCAAACCACUAUAAUUUAAUGUUACUUUUCGUCGGUAGUUGUUAAUUGUUACAGAAAAUGGGAGCAAACGUUUCCCAGCUUGAACGUGAUAUCGGUGCCGAUCAGUUCCCUCCUAAUGAACAUUAUUUCGGUUUAGUGAAUUUUGGCAACACCUGCUAUAGUAAUUCAGUAUUGCAAGCCCUUUACUUCUGCAGGCCAUUUCGGGAAAAGGUGCUAGAAUACAAGGCCAAAAAUAAGCGCACGAAGGAAACGCUGCUCUCCUGUUUGGCUGACCUAUUCUACAGCAUUGCCACUCAGAAGAAAAAGGUCGGUUCGAUCGCACCGAAAAAAUUCAUUGCCCGGUUGCGGAAGGAGAAAGAAGAAUUCGAUAAUUAUAUGCAACAGGAUGCACAUGAGUUCUUGAACUUCUUGAUCAACCAUAUAAACGAAAUAAUCCUAGCGGAACGAAACCAAGCGAAAGGUGGCGCAACGGGCGGUAAUAAGAACAUCGGCAGCUUGGGAGGAAGCCUGAAUGGGGACAGCUCGGGACAACCGCAAGAACCCACCUGGGUGCAUGAGAUAUUUCAGGGUAUAUUGACCAGUGAAACUAGAUGUUUAAAUUGUGAGACUGUUAGCAGCAAAGAUGAAAACUUUUUUGAUUUGCAAGUGGAUGUCGAUCAAAAUACUAGCAUAACACAUUGUUUGAGGUGCUUCAGUAAUACCGAGACCCUGUGCAGUGACAACAAGUUUAAAUGUGAUAAUUGCUGCAGUUACCAGGAGGCACAGAAGCGUAUGCGAGUUAAAAAAUUGCCAAUGAUACUGGCAUUGCAUCUCAAAAGGUUCAAAUAUAUGGAGCAGUAUAAUCGUCACAUAAAAGUUUCCCACAGGGUUGUGUUUCCUCUUGAAUUGAGACUGUUCAAUACGUCGGAUGAUGCCGUGAACCCUGAUCGACUUUAUGAUCUUAUGGCGGUGGUUAUUCAUUGUGGUUCGGGGCCAAAUCGUGGACACUACAUUAGUAUCGUCAAAAGUCACGGAUUCUGGUUGCUGUUUGAUGAUGACAUGGUUGAUAAAAUUGAGGCCUCAACAAUAGAAGAUUUUUAUGGUCUUACUUCGGACAUACAGAAAUCAUCAGAAACAGGUUAUAUUUUAUUCUACCAGUCACGGGAUGCAACCUGAAGCAUGCGUAAGUAAGAAAUUUGUUUUAUUUUAGGGGAAAGUAAAGUCGUUGAAGUAAUUUAUUCUUGAGUAUAAUAUAUAGCAACUUGUUUAGCAUGUCUAGUGGUGAAAAAAGAGCAGCAGAGGAGCACUGUUUUCAUUUUAAAAUUCUUUCUAUUGGCGAAAAUUUACAACAAAUUCAUUUUUGCGCUUAGUUAGAAUGCGAGCCUUUAAUAAUUACGUACGAAAGAUACAAAAAAUGUUAGAAUCUGUCCAAGCAAGUAGUAAUAGAUAUCUAAUGUCUAUUAGAUAAAAAGUGUAAACUUGCUGCAACAAAAAAAAAAUAACAUGAGUUGUGAGACAAAACUAGCAAGCAAACACAAGUCAACCGCCCGGAAAUUAUUUCGGAUAUCAUGCUUAAAUACAGCCGUUUAGAAGUGA